AUAAAGAAAAUUAAAAAAACAAAUCAAAAUUGCUUGAAUUUAUUUAGCCUUUAGCUUAUUCUGCCUUAAAUGCGACCAGUGCAGACCAAGAUUACCCUGCACCUCUGUGCAGUCUUAUCUUGGUCUGCACUGUUUGAUAUUCAGUCAGGAAAUUUUCAGUGAAAACUGUGACCUUUGAAUAAUAAUUGGCACUUUCCAAAUUGAAUGGUGGACCAGCCCAUUUUAAAAAUUCAGCAGGGUUAAGAUUAAGCAGAUAAACGUGAUAGGCUAUUUGAAUAAGUUACACUGUUGCACUGCUCCUAUUUUAUGCUUAUAUGAAUGUUGUUGUUGUUGUUGUAGUUGUUACUAACCUGUUGAACUAACAACCUUUAUACGCUACAGGGAUUUUACCCAAACUGCCUUUCAAAUUUGGUGGGAGUGACAGAGAUAAAGGGGGUGGAGUUAUGCUUGUUUCGCAGCGCUCCAUUGGUUCAGAUGAUCCCACCCUAGCAGGUGAAGGGGGAAUAACCCUUAUUUCGAAAAAGAAAAUUGAUACAGGACUUGACUUUGAUGAACAAGAACCAAAAGGUGCUAGUACCGUAAGUGAUGCAUCUUCAGGAUAUAUGGUAGGAGAAAUGGAGCAGACAUCAUACAGUUUCUCAGGAACACCUGCCAAUGAGGACCAUCCUUCACAACCAGGUCACCAUACAUUAAACCAGUUUAGUUCCGGUCAGAUAACAGAGUGGAACAAUGAGAAUGUUCGACAUUGGUUGAUUGGUAUAGAGAUGGAAAGAUAUGCUCCAUUGUUUACCGAAAAGUCGGUGACUGGACCUCAACUCAUAGCCAUGGAUUCUAAUAAAUUAAAGGCUCUAGGCAUAUCAAAUGUAAAAGACAGGGACUAUUUGAAAAAGAAAGUUAAAGAGCUGAAAUUAGUGCUAGAAAAGGAACGUAAACAGAUGGAGAGAGAAAGAAAACAAAUGGAAAAAGAACAAAAGCAGCGAGAAAAGGAACAAAAGAAAUUAUCUAAGAAGAAAUGAGAGGAUGUUUAACAUUUUCGAAUUAGGAAAUAAAAUUUAUGAAAAAAAAAAUAUGUGAUAUAUAUAAAAUGAACAAGGGAAUUGUUCAUGUAUGCAUUCAUUUAUUAAUUGCUAUUGAUUUAUUAGGGUUUUUUUGCACAAAAAUGAAAUAAGAAAAAUACAUAAUUAUAGACAUUUUUAUACAAAUGCUUGACAUUGAAUUUUUCUAUUGUGCCAGCAAGUGCUUCUUAAAUGUUGGAGCAAAGUUCCAGUGUCGGGUCAUGUGAUUAUAAAACUUCCUUUUAGAGGACACAUUUGACUGAUGAAAUUAGCAGAAUUUUACGCAGGUUACAUGUUUGGUAUCUACACACCUUUAUGCUGUGUUUUAGGUGCUAUUGUACCUGAUAUUAGUUAAUGGAAUAUUUUGCAUAUGUGUACUUAAACCUUUUACAUGAAAAAAUAUUUUCCAAUUGGCAGUAGCUAAAUUGGGAUAAUUGAUAUGUAUAGUUGAAUAUGGUACUUUCAAGUGCACAUGCAAUUAACACAUAUAAACAAUUUGUGUGCACAACAGGUUGGACCAAUUUUAAACUUGUGUUUUGGAGUUUUUUUUAGAGGGGGCAGGGGGUAUAUUUUUUUUUCUUUUGGAUAAAAUAUCUUCAAAAAAAAUGAAAUAAUUCUUUUUACUUCGUUUGAAUAGAGUUAUAUAAGUUUGUUUGAAAAAUGAAAAAUUGUUUGUUCGUUGUUUCAUAUUGACAUACUGCACAAAAGCAUUAAAUCAAAAAAGCUAAAACUGUAUGAAUCAUAUGUUAAUUGCAUAUUUUUAUUUUUGUAUAAAAAAAUGUUAAAAUAAUUCAUAGAUUUUUAACUUUUGAAACAAAAAUCAGACAGAAUUAACAUAUAUAAUCUAUUUGUAGCAGUUUAUUGCAAAAUCAUGGCAUGUUAUAACACUUAUAGAAUAUGGGACAUUUCUUGUUGGAGGUCCAAGGACAGGGGUGUAAUUUAUGUUCUGUCAAAAGUCACAUUUUGAAGACAACACUGAUUGCUGUGCUGCCUACAUAAUCUAAAGUCAGUUGUUAAGUAGCUGUCGAUUUUCUGUUAGGCUAACUGUUUAAUUUUUUUCAAAAGCUGAAAAUCUGAUAUGCAAAUAGUAAGUUGUGCCUUUCCUUGGCAUUUCAUAUAUGCAUUUUAUACACAUCUUGCCUUGACAUAGGUUUAUUGUCACACCAAAUGAAGAAAAUGCAACCUAGUAUCAAAACCAGGCAAAAUUGAGGUUAAUACAUCUGUGUUUUUAAAUAUAUACAUAAGUUUAAUGCAUGGAAUUUUUUUAUAUAUAUAGAUUACCUAUAAAAAAAACUAAAGAACUUUUUCUGCAGAUUACAGUGAAAAACUUUUUUUGUGAGUUUUGAUCACAUAGCUCAUUCCUUUAUUGAUAUUGUUAGAUUUUGUUGGUGCUAUCAAAUAUAGAACGGUGGAACUUUAUAUAAGAGUAUGUAAGUUAUACCAGAUUUGAUAUAGGACUUUUAAGUAUGGAUUGUGCUAUUAAUUUUUUUAUUACAUAGGUAUCUACACAUGUUAAUAUUAUAGAAUUGUUAUAAAUCCGAAUUUGUUGAAUAGCCAGCAUAAAAUUUAAAAAACUGAUGUGAAUAAAAAAAAAUGAACACAACUACACUCAUUAGAAUGACAUCAUGCCCACAGUAUGAAAAUCAAGAUGUAAAUAUGGAAAAAUAUUGAUGUUUCCAGUUUCAUUGUAACUAAACAGAGAGUAUAAAUAUGUAUAAACUGAUUCUUGUUUUUUAAAUGUAUAUGAAAUAAUUGAACACUUCCUUGCAAUGGUUUUACUAGAGAAUUUCCUAAUUGUAUGUAUAAACCUAAAGAUUGACAUUAGUUUUAACUCGAGAUUUAUUAAUUGUUAAACACAUGUGCCAAUUAAAUUUGCAGUAGUUUAGUGAGAUUUUCUAUAGCCGUUGUAAAUAGGUAUAGCCUGUAAAUGGCAGUUAUACAGAUUUUUCUAUUAGUUCUAACUUUACACUGUAUCUGAGAUAUGUUGAUUGGUCUGGUUGAUCCGUAUUAUUUACAGCAAUUUGAUUUUUUUUUUUUUUUUUUUUUUUUUUUUUUAUAAAGUUUUAUGGGCCAAGUAUUUAAGCAAAAAGGUAGUUAACACAAUUACUGUAUAUGUUAUUAUCAUCAAGAUCAGUUCAUUGGCUGCUAUAUGUAGUAGUGGUUGCUGUAAGGAUUUGUUAACAGAUAAGGUAUAUGCAUUUAAUAAAUAGUAGAACAUUCAAUAACAAAAGAAAGGAGAGUCCAUUUCAGAAAAUCAGGGGUAGUUGAUGUAUGAUAUGAUAGAGGGUAGGAAAAAGUGACAUGUCUUUGUAUAAUUCCUGUAAAAAUUGAAGAAGAUGAUUAAAAUGGUUUGUGAAAGUAAGUGAUCACUUGCUAAAUAAGGAAAAAAUGUUAUGUAAGAGUUAAAAAUUUCGUUCCUUAGUAGGUCAUUUGUUUGUUUCGAUUGUACAUAGUCAUGUAUGAUAACUAAUAAUCUUUGUGUAAAACUGAGUUCUGCAACUCGGUACUUUGUCAAGAGGGAAUUUGUAUAUUUUCACCUCUGUGAUGUCAUUGUUGCGUUUUAAAUUGUAUAUAAAAAAUAUUUGUAAAAUUUAAUGGUGUAGUAGUUCAUAUGUAUUGAUAAAUAAUAAAAAGUAUUAUUUAUAGCCGAUAUCAUUUAUUCACAUAUAUUCAUAUUAUUUUUUUUCAAAACAUUACUUUGCAAAUGACCUACACGUGGGAAAUAUCGAAACAUCGAAAUACAGUAUACACUAUUAAAUGGUAUUGAAUUGUGUUAAGUAGUGUUAAUGAUAAGAACAGCCUGAAUUUAUUUAUUUUGUGGGAGCUACUUUUCUACGGAUAACGUGUAGUGUAGUUUUACAUUAAUGAGAAGUAGGGUUGGUAAUGGUCAAGGGGACUAUUUUUAAUAUCUAGCUUGUCAGGAAUGCAGCUUAUAGUUGAGAAAAGUGGAGGUGAUAACAGGGAACAGAGAUUUGUUUUAUUUAGGUUAACUAGUGAUGGUAGUUGAUAAUAAAGGAAGAUUGAAUUGACCAAUUCAGGCAGUGUUACAAGAAAGUUUGUAAUACAUUAGAAAUCCUGAAUAUAAUAUGUGGAGGCUCCCAGCAGGGAAAUAUGUGCAUAUGUGUGUACACUAUAUAUGCACACACUUGCACAUGAAAAUAUGUACACAUGAGUGUACAUACAAGUAAAUGUAAAUUUUUUUGUGUAGAAUUUUAAAGUGGCUGUUAGAUGCUGUGAGGUGUUUGAGCCGUGCCACGAGAAAAUCAACAUAGUGGCUUUGCGACCAGCAUGGAUCCAGACCAACCUGCGCAUCCGUGCAGUCUGGUCAGGAUCUAUGCUGUUAGCUAAUGAUUUCUCUAAUUGCAAUAGGUUUUGAAAGUGAACAGCAUGGAUCCUGACUAGACUGCGCGGAUGCCCAGGCUGGUCUGGAUCCAUGCUGGUCGCAAAGCCACUAUGUUGGUUUUCUUAUGGCACGGCUCAUUUUAUAUGUGAAAUGUUGAGUUUUUAUUCAAAACUAAAACUGUGUCUAAAGUAGUGAUAGUGCCAGUAAAUAGUAUGUGUUUGUUACAUAGUUAAGAAGAGAAUUUUAUACAGUAUGGCAGUGGCUUUUACAAUGUAGUUAACAAGUGAGUUUAUACAAUAAAGCAGUGGUCUUUACAAUGCAGAUGGCUGUCUGUUUGCUUAAAUAUUUGGUCAAGGAAUAUGUAAAAGUUCUCCUUUUAAAUGUCAUACCGAUCCUUGAAAAGUCCUUGAUUUUAGUACAGUAAGCACAAUGGUCUCUGUAAAAGAACUUUUGGUUGUGAUUUUUUUUUUAAUUAAAGAUGUUCCUAGGUUAGUGUAUUUAUUUUCUUAAAAAGGAAUUAAUGUUGAAUUAUUUAUUGCAAAUAUUAUUUUAUCCAAAUGCACGACAGUAUUAGAAAACUUUAACAUGCGUGACCUGUUGCAAAAAUUUAGUCCUGUAAAGAAGUUCAUCUUUUGGUGUAAUAGUAACAUGCUAAAUAUAGAAACAUCAGUUUUGAAAAUCUGUUCUCACCUUUAUUCACUGAGGUUGGUAGAAGGUAAAGCAGAAAAGUGUGAUGUUUGAAACAGUGCUAUCUUAGGCAUUAUAUGCACUUGAUUAGUGAAAUAAUUUGCAAGUGCAGUUUGGAUUAUUUGACCUUAUAUGUCUAUAUGAGCCGCACCAUGAGAAAACCAACAUAGUGGCUUUGUGACCAGCAUGUAUCCAGACCAGCCUGUGCAUCCGCGCAGUCUGGUCAGGAUCCAUGCUGUACGCUGUCAAAGUCUAUUGCAAUUAGAGAAACUGUUAGCGAACAGCAUGGAUCCUGACAAGACUUCGUGGAUGCGCAGGCUGGUCUGGAUCCAUGCUGGUCACAAAGCCACUAUGUUGGUUUUCCCAUGGCGCGGCUCAUAUAUUAUUAAUCAUAUGUAAACUUGUACUGUAUGGUAGACAUUAUGUCCUUUUGUAUUAAAACUUAACCAGAGUUGAAAGCUGUUACUUUAUUAUUGUACAAAUUGUCCAGUCGGUUUAAAAAGUAGAUAACUGUAUUGACAUAAGGAAAUGUUCUGGCUGUGGUAACAAAAAAGUUCUGUUCUGCACACUUUUAAUCAAGCUGUGAAUUAUUCUUUAGAUGUACAUGAGAAUGUCUUUUAUUUUACCAAUUUUUAAAGGGAGUUUGAAAUUUAAGAACAAAACAGAUUUAAUGUAAUUGCUGUAGAGAAUCAAUUUUUUUUAGCAGCAUAUGUAAAAUUUACUGAUUUUCACCAAAAUAGUUUAGAGUUACACGUAAACCUACUAUACUAAUGAUAUAUGUGCAUUUAUAAUUUCCAUUUGUAUUAUAUAUUAUAAAAUAUGGAUAAAUAAUGAAAUGAAAUUCAUUAAUAUAUUGAUUUAUAAAUAUUUCUGUUUUUAUAAAUUCAUUGAUUUUUAUAUAUUUUCAUAUAUAUAAAUACAUGUUGUAUACUCAAGGAAAAUAUACAUUAUACAGGAUAUCUGUUCGUUUGAACAGAAAAGACAUUGAAAUGGAAAGAAAGUUCUACAUUAUACGAUUGUCUCAAAAUAUGAAAAAGAUACAAAAUUAUACUAAGAAUUAAUAUGAUAUACACUAUAGCAAUCUUAUUUAUGACGGUAUUAUUCAAAACAUUAAGGCUUGUGUAUAGAAAAAAUAUGUGGAGUUGUGAGCUGCAGCAUGUUUUCAAAAUAUAAUGUUUUGAAAAAAAAUUUUGGGUGAUUUAGAUUUGAUGUAUUUGGAACAGGAACUGUUUAAUAUUACAGAAUAUUCCUAGUAUGUGAUGAACUGGACAAAUACUUUAAAGUCGGAGCACAUACAUUUUAAAGUUUAGUUAUUUUCAUCAAGAAAUAUUCUAGAUGACACACAUGCAGAGUAAUUCCAUCGGCAUGAAUAUGUAGUCUAUCAUAAAUGUCGUUAAUUUUCCAUAUAUAUUUUUGUCAUGACUAUUAUUGUAUCAUAUUACAUGUAUAAAGGAUUUAGGGAAUAUGUGAUAAUAAAACUAAUGUCACAAUG